AUGAUAACUGCAGAUGAUUUCUACAAGGUCAUGUGUGCAAUGGUGCCUCUAUAUUUUGCAAUGCUGGUUGCUUAUGGAUCAGUGAAAUGGUACAAGAUAUUCACGCCAGAGCAGUGCUCAGGGAUCAAUAGAUUUGUUGCUGUUUUUGCAGUCCCAGUGCUAUCUUUCCACUUCAUAGCUCAAAACAACCCAUACCAAAUGGACACUAAGUUCAUAUUGGCUGAUACUCUUUCGAAAGUCUUAGUGCUCGUUCUGCUCUCAGUGUGGGCUGUUUUCUUUAAUGGAGGAUUGGAUUGGCUUAUCACUCUCUUCUCGAUUGCCUGUUUGCCUAACACACUUGUCAUGGGCAUUCCUUUGCUCAAGGCCAUGUAUGGAGAUUUCACUCAGAGCCUCAUGGUGCAAGUGGUCGUUCUUCAAUGUAUAAUAUGGUAUACACUUUUGCUCUUCCUCUUUGAAUACAGAGCUGCAACCAUCCUAAUCAAAACCCAAUUUCCCGGCCACGCAGCAGCCUCCAUUUCCAAAAUCGAACUCGACGAUGAUGUCAUCUCCCUCGAUGGAAGGGAUCCACUUCGCACAGAGUCAGAGACAGACGGCACCGGACGCAUUCGAGUCCGCAUCAGAAGGUCAACAUCAUCGGCUCCAGACUCCGCUCUAUCAUCCUCCAUUUGCCUCACUCCUAGACCAUCAAACCUCUCCAACGCCGAAGUUUUUUCUGUUAAUACCCCUGUCACAUUGCACGAAUACCAUGGUUAUAAUGGUCAUUUCAGUCAUGGGCCCAACAAUGAGACAGUGCUAUGUAAUGGUGACUUGGGAUUUGCAUAUCGGUCUGGAACGAGUCCGCGGUUGUCAGGAUACGCGUCGUCUGAUGCUUACUCUCUUCAACCGACACCGCGUGCGUCCAAUUUUAAUGAAUUAGACCUGACUAAUGCAGCAAACACGCCCUUUUGGGUUCGAUCUCCAGUAGCCGGCAAAAUUUUCCGGCAACAAUCUCCGGCGGCGCCUGAGGUCAGGCAAGUCUGGGAUGAGUCACCAAUAAUAUGUCCAAAUGGCGGCAGCAAAGAUGUGACAGGAAAGGAGAUCAGCUUCAGAGACUGUUGUAAAAUGCCAGCACCAGAGCAAUCGAAUUCGAAGGAAGCAGUAGUAACCAACCAGGAAAUGCCACAUGCCAUUGUCAUGCUAAGACUUAUACUUGUUGUUGUAGGGAGGAAGCUCUCUCGCAAUCCAAAUACAUACUCAAGUGUUUUGGGGCUUCUUUGGUCUUUAGCCUCUUUCAAAUGGAAUGUAGGAAUGCCCAGCUUGGUGAAAUAUUCAAUAAAAAUAAUUUCAGAUGCAGGUCUUGGGAUGGCCAUGUUCAGUUUAGGGUUGUUCAUGGCUCUUCAGCCUCGGAUCAUUGUAUGCGGCAAGAAAAGGGCAACCAUGGCAAUGGCAAUCCGAUUCCUUUGUGGACCUAUCGUAAUGUCGGCUACUUCUGUCGCUAUUGGAAUGAGAGGAGUACGGCUCCGUGCAGCCAUAGUGCAGGCAGCUCUUUCACAAGGGAUUGUGCCAUUUGUCUUUGCAAGGGAAUAUGGAUUGCAUCCUGAUAUAAUGAGUACGGGGGUGAUUUUCGGCAUGUUAGUUUCCUUGCCGGUAACCCUCAUCUACUACGUCUUUCUAGGGCUGUGA